AUGGCAUCUCUCACAUUCCUAGAUCUCCCCGGCGAGAUCCGCAACCAAAUAUACCGCCGACUCCUCAUCGUACCUCCUCUCUCCACCUCAGGACUCCUCAGUAACCCUCCAAUAUAUCCUCAAAUCCUAUCCGUGUGCCGAAAAGUGCACGAAGAAGCAAGGCAGACCCUCUAUAGCUGUAACACCUUCCUAGCACACCCGAAUCUGCUGUCUGGCCUCCCUCGACUUCGAUUGUGCUACGACACUAUCUCUUCACCGACUCUCAUCCCCCUAAUCCAACGAUACCACAUCCGCGUGCGUCUCGAUUGCGAUCCGAACUUCUCAUUAGCAAAAGCAACCAAUGCCUUUUCCGGGGUCGAGGAAUUGACCAUCGAGGUCUUCCAGGCGCAGUUUGGGAGCUCAGAUUACAAGGUGUUGAGGUUGUUUGAGGGGGUCAGGGGAGUGAAGAGAGCGAGAGUGUAUGGGAGUGUGACUGCGUUUCCGAAAUAUGUUGCUUGGUUGGAGGCAGCAAUCGUCACGCCGAAG